AUGGACCAAGACAUGAGACUUCUGGCUGCAUGUGGCCUCACCAGCUGCCUGUUCUCCAUGUGCCUAGGGUGCGCGGCCGUGCUUUGCCUGGGCAGACCCAUCCUUGUCACCCUCCAUGACCACCUGGUCCCCGUGGUCCACUGUGCCACAGGGACACUGCCCUGCCCCGCCCCGCGGGAAGUGGCGCCCAGGCUCCGGCCUAGGAGCAGGUGCAUGGACACCGCCCACCAGACCCCACAUGCCCUGGCCACCCGUGUCCUCAUGCUCACCAGUCCUGUUCUACCUUCUGUUGCCCUCCCUUUUUCUGCUCUAGGUCACCUGGGGCCAUCGGACUGGGAACAGCCCUUCCUAAAUGCAGACAGAAAUGACUCUGGGGUCAUCAUAGGUCGGAGAAUAUGCCAGAGAGAAGAAGAAGAGGGGAGGAGGUUGCUGUCUAUCCUACAAAGCCCCCCGGGCCAGCCUUAUGAUACCACCCGCUUUCGGCAACUGCUGUGCCCAGACCCCCUCUGUGAAGUGUGUAAUACAGCCACGGCUAAGGUCAGUCGUCUCCUCUCUCGGGCGUCCCUGGCAGCUGCUGCUCCCUCUGUGUCACAUUUGGCUUCCACAGCCUCUGUGGCUAAGUCAUCAUUUUCUCUGACCUCUGCUUGCUCAAAAAUCUCUCCAGGACAUUCAGUUCCAGCUCCUCCACCUGAACCUUGUCCACCUUCCUUUUCCACUGUCUCACUCAACCAGGACACUCCUUUGGAGGACUUACUUUCCCCCUCACCACUGGGUGACUCUCUGCCACCAGAGCCUAAUUCUCCCUUGGAUUCCCAAUUCCCAGUGGAGCCAUUCCCACCUGAGACCCUUGCACUUCCCCCUCCCCUACUGCAUCAUAUGCAACAAACAGGACCCGUCCUCCAAAGAAGUGACACUUUGUCUCUCGUGGACAGUCCUGCUGAAUUGUCCACCAAUGUCACAACAACCAAAGUUGAUGACAGUGCCAAUAUUUCUAUGUCGGAAUUCUCAUGUCAGCAACCUCAUGCUGAGAAUUUGCCAACAUCUGUGUUGACACAGGAUAGUAACCAAGAGCUUGUUGACCUCCAUUUUCCUCAAGCCUCUUUUUUGGAAGACACUACAGUCUACGUUGUAGAGUCUGAAAUGCUUACAUUUCUCAGCCCUGAUGUCCUGACACUCUUGGAGAGACAAAUUAAAAAUAGGGCUGAUUUCCUAAUGUCAAAAGAUAAGGAAAAGAAAACAAAAUCAUUUCAAAACAAGUUUAAGCUAGAGUACCAAAUGAAUCCUACAGGGAAAAUCUUACAGUCAGUUACUGAUCAGCAGGACUCUGCAGUCUCCCUUCCUUUUGGGAGAGGCACAGGGAAACCAGCUGACCUGAACAUGUCACAGCAGCCCCCAAGUCUAAAGACCACUGAAGACCAAUUUCAGAAAACAUGCAUGCAGCUGUUCUGGGGUCUCCCCUAUCUACACAGUGAGUCCCUGAGACCUACUGUUUGUGCCUCAGGUGACUGUCCCUCAUAUUUUACUUGCUUCAACAGUAUCUCUAAGGCUUCUACAGUCCAUGAUCCCACAGUCCUUAUUCACCUCACAGAUUCAUCCUCGUUGGAGCUCCAACCUCAAGCCUUGCCUGAAACCCAGCCCCAAUCUCAGUUCCAAAAUCUCCCUCUUAUCCAGUCCCAGGCCCAGCUUCAAUCCCCACUCCCAGUCCUACCAUCUUCUUCUUUAUCCCAACCUAGGAGUUGUGGAGUCUGUUUUCACAGCCCCCAGAGUGAGGCACAAUCUCUCACCGUAUCUGAAAUUCACCACCUGGAGUACCAUGUGUUACAGAAACAGCAGGAAAGCAUGUGGGGUUUACCCACUGUGGUCCAAAGAUCCCAGGAAAGAUUUUGUCCUCCAACUCCCAAACUUGCAUUGGUCAGCCAUUCCUCCAAGCCCUAUGUUCCAAUCUCCAUCCUUCCUGGAGAUUUUCCCCUGGACAGUGCACUCCAGGGGAAGCUAGAGCAUCAUCUUCGAAAGAGGUUCAUGCAACACCGCUGGGGCCUGCCCCGCAGGAUUUUUGAGUCUCUGUCAAAGAUGAGACCUUAUACAAAAAUUCCUCAGACCUCUGAGUCAGAGAGCAGUCAUGGACUCUCAUGGAUCUCAUUCUAUAAACAUGAAAGCUGCAAAAAUCUCAGUAAUUAUGAAUUGAGCAACCUCAGAAACUUCGAUGAGAAGCUCCAUAAAGGCUCAGAGACACUUCCUCUAGAGAACAGAGUGGAGAAGGAACAGGGACAUAGUCUAGAGAUUGGUCCAAACAGUCAUUUCUUGAGCCACCUACAGGGUGCUCCAGGUAACAGCCUAGGACGUGACACUAAGACAGAAGUAGAGUAUCAUUCUGGUGAUAUCUCAGGGUUCUCUGGAACCUUUGGGGUGAGCCUAUGUCAGAUAAAAUGCAAGGAUGCCCUGGAAGCACAUUUAAGCAAGAAAUUUGGAGAAAUCAAUGGGGGUCAGAUCCCUGAUGUUGUGCAUACUUCAUGGCAUUCUACCAAGAUGGCAUUGCCUCUCCCUAAGAAAUCGCUCAACCAAAAAUAUCAGAGUGAUUUGGCACAAUUGAUAACCCAGGGCAAGGGCAAGGACAGCAGCCUUAACACCCCCCAGGUUGUUUCUCUCCCUAAUUCCAGCAAGCAUGAGAUUUUGGAAGACCAUAUUAAAAUUUUUCAUGGGCGGAUGACUAGUGGCCUUCCCCGGAGGGUGCAGGAAUCCAUUGACAUGUUCAAUGUAAAAAAGGACUCAUCCAACUCCUUUCCUUACUGGAACUUUCCCUCCUCAGUCACUGUUACUUCCGGGUUGGGUUCUGAUGUUGAGGUUUGUAAGCCUCUUAGCGGAGGCUCUAACACUUUUCAUGGGGUCAAGGAGGGAAAAACCAAUUCAUUAGUAGAUAGUCCUCCCUCUGCCACCUCACCUGUGAGUGGGGAAGGACAGAGGGCCCUGAAAGAGUCACCCUCUUAUAACAAGCUUACCACCCACACAAUUGAGAAUGGCACACCCACAACUUUUUUACCCCACACAUAUAACAACAUCCAGGAAGGCAGUCAGAUAGAGACUGCGCUAGUCAAUAGACACAGGUCUGAGCUGCCCCCAAAGCAAGCUGGGACAGGACCUGAGAUAAUGCGUAAGAGAAUGAGCAUCAGCAAUGAUAUAGAAAAGCUUCAGAGCAAAACAAGGAAUUUAGUGCAAUUUCCCACGUCUAACAAGUCCAGAGAAAUAUUCAAAGCAAAGGAGCUCCAUGAAUUUCAGUCACAAGCUAGUAUGGUAUUGAAGACCAAUGAGUCAGAGAGCUCCCCAGGCAAAGCCAUGAACCCAGGUGAAGUAGCAACUACCCUGAACACUGAAACAUCCUCAGUGGGAACAUCAGUUUCACGUGAUCCUGAGCAAUCUGCAUUUAAAGAUCAGCUCAUGAAGGAACUGAAGCUGAAACUGGAGAGCAGGAAGCAGAGCCAGGCUCAGGGCCUCCCUGCUGAUGUGCCCCUGGCCUCAAAUGUAAAGACUUUACUUACUCGUGACCAGCAUGUCUCCAGUGGGGACAAGGCAGCUUCCCACGUGCUGCAUGUGCAGUUAAACAACAAAGGGAUCAGCAUGCAGCCACAACAGGAGCCCUGGGUCCCUAAACAUGUCUCACGCAAGUGCCAGGACAAGAACUUCCCUCCAGCUAUAAAGAAACCUUGCCUCCCAGCACCCAAAAGAGGAGAGCUUGGUGGAGGGGAUGCAGGGUUGGGGACUUCUCAGCCCAGACAGAAGAGCUGCCAGCCUGAAGACAGAGCAUCAAAGAUGACACUUGGGAGGAAUUCCUCCUCAACCCUGUCACUGAAGCGACAGCCUCCUCCUGAAAACAGCUUCAGAAACCAGAUGAAACACUUUUUUCAGUUGCUUUGGCCUGGAAGAAAAGGCAAAGGGCAGGGUAGUUCUCUGGGAAAGGGCAGCUCCCCAUCAACAUCUAUGUGGGCCAAAGACCCAGGUAAAGGGAGAGCUGCCUUUGCUCAGAAUACUAAAAACCAGACCAUCCUGACAAAUGUUGACAAAGUCAAAGAAGCGAAACUGGGGCGAAGGCAUGUCGUGUCCAUGGCCUGUCCCCAAGUGCCCCUUACUUCCUCUAGGAAGUCUGAGAAAGCUGAAUACAAAGCAGAACCAAAGGUCCAGGCAGAGCCUAUUCAGGGACGUCCCUUCAAUUAUAAGCCUCCCCAUGGUAAAAUGACAAGUGUCAAGUCCAGCGAAGAAGCUGCUUUUGCUAGCCAAAUUUAUCCUGUCAGCAAUCCAUGUGUCAAAUACAGAGCAGUCCCACCCCAGACAGGUGUGGCAUUACAAAGGAAGGCAUCAGGUCAGAGGCAUCCUGACUCCAUGCCCCACAGGGAGUCCGUGCCCCAAAGACCCAUCUGUAAGCGUGAAGUUGGGCAGACACCUCCAGCUGCCUCUACUUUUUCCCAAGGCCUACUGGCUCCUGAUGUUCAGUCAUUGCUGCCACAGGAAGGCCUGAUGCUGGUUUUUGCCACAACCCUGACUUCCCUGCAGCUUUCUGACAUCCAUGGUCGAAUGGAGACCACUCUUCUGCUGUUUUCACUAGCAACAGCUCCAGCCAUCCCCAAGUGGUCUUCCAUCACAGGCAUAAGGAGCACAAUCAGCCCAGGUCCAAUGACGUUCCUGCUACUAAGAGAGGUCUUGAUUGGCUACUGA